AAGCGGCGCACUGCCAUUUUUCGUCUUUGCAUUUUGGCUUCUUGUCAUCUGGAUGGAAUAGAAGAAUUGACGACUUAUCAGUGAAAGUUUUCGCUCCAAAGUACGCAAAAUGUUCAAGAAAUACACGUUAAUUUUUCUUGAAAACGUAAUCCGACGUCAAUGAAUGAGAAUUGGCACUUCCACACCGGUUCUAGAAUCAUUCACUGAACCGUGUAACUGGUGAUGCUGACCUUGAAGACGUUGAAAGAUAUAUCUAUCUGAAUGUGUAUUAAAGGAAAACUGAAAUAAUUCACUGUUGGUGUAGAUCUAUGGAGUCGAAAGAAUGUUUGGAGGAGGAGAUAAAGCUUCAAAGUUGAUCAACUCCCACCAGAAUUACGCGAGAACGGACUGUAAACACUCCCAAAGACAACUGAACGAUGCGAAUGACAAUAAAAGCCAAAGUGAAAUGGAGAAGGAAAAUACCAAUUGUAAUGAGAAGUUAAAGAGGCUCAAUAUCCCCUAACUGGCAUCCUGCAUCAAUAAGUGAUGAGCCUGAAACCAAAGAUUUGCUCUGCGUUGUACGACAAUUCUGUAUGGUUAAACCAGUGACCUUACCACCGGUGACCUACAGUGAAGCAAAACUCUGUUAAACUUGACAGUGGCAGCUUAUUUGUGUUUUUUUUAUGAUUUUUAUACCGUUCGAGUGAUAUGUUCAUUGAAUUGGCUUGAAAAAUAUUUAUAGCUUUUGUUAUUUGUAAAAGGAUUUAGUUUAGUAUUUGUAGUAUUCGUUGCUUCAUUAGUCAUCAAGUUAAAGUAUUUUUUAGCUUGCAUUUCUUUCGGUAAUUCGUUGUGUAUCGUUAAUUCGUUUUGUCAAUUCGUUACUAGUUUUUAAUCUUUUCUUUAUUUUUGUUUUGGAAAUGAAUACGAUUGGUUUUACGUAUUAAAGUUUUACAUGGAGUAUGAGCAAUAAUCGCGUGUGCUGUGAUUAUUGAAAAUCUACUUUUGUACUAAUUUCUAGUACUUCAGCUUUUCUCUUCCUGACUCCAGCAACUAUUCGUUAUGAGUGUAUGUUGUGACCACUGGGUGUGCCUUAUCUAUGGAUGUGUUUCGAAUUUCGAACGACGUGCCAGUUUUCAAGCGAGGACUGGCAACGACAUUAUAGAUCACGUGACCAUCUAGCGUAUCUCUCGCUCACUUCGUGAUCUUCGUGAUACUUGAGAGUUGUCAGCCUAGACGUAGUAGUGACAGCUGACAAACUAAAAAAAGUUUGUGCCUUUUGUUUAAAGUAAUGCCUUAUACUAGCAUUGGCUUAUAUGCGGUGGUAUCUCAUAUCAGUUUGCUAAACUAAGGUAUUAUCACUUACGUUCAAGGAGAUGGUUACAAACUAUUAAAUUGUUAUUGAACAGACAGAAGUACCAAAAGGCAAAAGAAGUUCACUCUAGUACAAUUUACUUGCAGCAAAGAUCAAUUUUUGGCAAUAUUUAUGACCAUGUGAGUCUGUAUUGAUGAUAAAUGAGAAGCUGACCUAUACAUAUUCACAGUAAACUUCAUCUUAACAUGUUGCUGAAUAAAUUAUGUGGACAGAAUACAACGUUUUCUUUUAUUGAAGAUGGGUAUAUUGCACCUUGCUUUAUCGAAUUGUGUCUCGUUUGCCCAAUUCAUAUGAUAUUUGCUGGUGCCAGUGUAUAUUAUAUCACGCAAGGUUUGGUCUGGCAAAGAACUCAACACAAUCGGCUUGUUAGAGCAAACCAACUUGUAUCAUUGUUAAUUGUUGCGACAAUGUUAGCAAAGAUCAUAUUCUCCAUUAUGAAUACUAAAGCAAGAUAUGGAUCAUCCAAUGUUCUUUCUUUGGCAAUUGCAACAUUUUCUUGGCUAUUAAUUGUGAUAUAUUUUCAAUCAAAAAAUAGACCACCCUCUUUUCUUUGCAUCUUCAUGUCUGCUUCAUGGGUUGUUUUUGCCAUCCUCCUGUCUUCACAAAUUUAUGUCUUACAUUUUCAGAGGAAUUCACAUUUUGAUUUUUACACAUCUAUUGCUCAUGUUUUUUUACAAAUUUUAGCUAUCAUUGGGAUAGUUGUUUUGCGGCAAAAUUGGAAAUUAAUGCUUGAUGUCAAAAGGCUUCAAGCAAGAGAUAUUCAAGCGGGCGCAUCUGAGGUGGAUAGACUUCUUUCUUCAACAGACUUUGAUGUUUAUUACAGUGGAUUUAAUCAUGAGCAAACUAAGAGUGAUUUAAAAAAGGUUGAUGAAAAUUCAAUGCUACUGUCAAGGCUCACAUUUCAUUGGGUGUUUCAACUCAUGAAGAAAGGAAUUAAAAACCAACUGAAAACUGCUGAGGAUACUUUCUACCUUCCUAAUUCAUUAUCUACAAAGGAAUUGGCUAUUUCAUUUCAAUAUACAUUGAACAAACUUAAAAAGCCAUCUCAUUCCAAAAGCUGUCAUGCUACUGACUCAAAUGCAUUGCAUGCUCAAGUGAAGAAACGUCUGUUGUUAAGAGCACUUCAUCAAGCAUUUGGUCUUCGGUAUUAUUCAAUUGGUGUAUUAAAGUUCUUUGGGGAUUGCUUGGGAUUUGCAGGACCAUUGUUACUCCAUGCUCUUGUGUCUUUCAUGGAGAAUAGAAAAGAACCCAUGAUUCAUGGUUACUAUUAUGCAUUUGGAUUGUUUGCUUCAACUCUUCUUGGUUCAUUUGUUUCAACACAUUACAAUUAUCUUGUGAAUAAAGUUGGUCUACAAAUACGUGCUGCUAUUAUUACAGCUGUUUAUCAGAAAACUUUAUCUGUGAAAACCACACAGUUGCUCACAUUUUCAACAGGAGAGGUUGUAAAUUUUAUGAGUACGGACACCGAUCGGAUCGUGAACUUUUGUCAAAGUUUUCAUCAAUUUUGGAGUUUGCCCUUUCAAGUAGCUGUUUCUCUGUAUCUUCUUCAUCAACAGGUUGGUGUAUCGUUUCUCGCUGGAUUAGGUUUUGCUUUCUUACUUAUUCCCGUUAACAAAUGUGUGGCUGUCAAAAUUCGAUGGUAUUCUGAAAACAUGAUGGCAAAGAAAGACGAGCGAGUCGAACUAAUGAGCGAGGUUCUUCAUGGUAUCAGAGUCAUCAAGUUUUAUGCUUGGGAAAGGAUGUUUUCGAAGAAAAUCUCCGAUUUAAGAUCUGACGAACUCAAGAAUUUGAAAGGAAUGAAGUAUCUUGAUGCAUUAUGUGUCUUUUUCUGGUCGACAACACCUGUAUUAAUUUCCAUCUUGACAUUUUUCACAUACGUUUUGUUGGGAAAUACUCUUACUGCAGCCAAGGUUUUCACCAGCAUAGCUCUGUUUAACAUGCUCAUAUUUCCACUCAAUGUUUUUCCUUGGGUCAUCAAUGGUCUUAUUGAAGCUUGGGUAUCAUUGAAGCGGGUAAACCAGUUUCUUGAACUUGAUGAGCUUGAUUGCCAAGAUUAUUACAUUGCAAACGUAAUCGAAGGUGAUUCGGAUGAUGAUAUCACCGUAAUGGUGAAAGAUGGAUCUUUUGGGUGGAAUGUGGAUAUGUUAGAGUGUACUCAGGAAACGGAUAAUGUAAGAAUCUCGAAAGGAUUUUUGAAUGAGAACAAACGAUUUGAAACCAAGCAAGCAGAAAGUGAAAAACUCAGUUCAUCUCAAAUUUUGCGAAAUAUUGAUUUGACCGUAAGAAAGGGUCAUCUUGUUGGUGUUAUUGGUCACGUGGGCUCGGGAAAAAGCUCUUUACUUUCGGCGAUUACUGCUGACAUGGCACGGACUCAAGGCAAGAUUUAUGCGGCAAACUUAAACGAAGGAUUUGCUCUUGUUGCUCAGGAAGCCUGGAUUCAACAUGCCACGGUGAAAGAUAAUAUUUUGUUUGGAAAGUUAUUCGACCAUCAUAAAUACGAAGCCGUUCUGAAAGCUUGUGCCUUAAAAGAGGAUUUGGCUACAUUUCCCGCUUACGAUCGCACUGAAAUUGGGGAAAAUGGUGUCAAUUUAAGUGGAGGACAAAAAGCUAGAAUUUCACUUGCGCGAGCUGUUUAUCAGGACAAAGAAAUAUACCUCCUAGACGAUCCGCUUGCCGCUGUUGAUACUCAUGUCGGCUCACAUAUUUUCUCGCAGUGCAUAAUGGGUGCUCUCAAGCACAAGACUAGAAUCCUUUGUACCCACCAUUGGAAGUAUCUGCGUCAUGCUGACGUGAUCGUUGUCAUGCAGAACGGCACAAUUGCUUGCCAAGGACCUCCACACGAAAUAUUGAAACGCAAUGAUUUGAUCCAAAAUGCAACUGAUGAAGGAAUAGGCAACGUUGAUAAUCAGACAAACGAAAGUGAAAAUACGGCUGGAAACGGACCAGGUUUAGUAAAAGAAGAAACUAAAGAUGUUGGUGUUGUAAAAUAUGAUGUUUAUCGUUCAUAUUGGAGGUCUGCUGGAGUUUGUUUAACAGUCAGCAUUUUACUUUCAUUGUUUUUGAUGCAAGUAUCGCGAAACAUUAGCGAUUGGUGGCUAGCUUAUUGGAUCUCCCAUGAUAAAUUGUCCUCCAAUCAUACGUCUCCACGUGUUCAGUUUGCCAAUCACAUUACUCUACAUGAUCACAUAUUUGUCCAUGCACCACAGCGGGUAUCUAUCUCGUUACAAGUAAACCUAUCAAAAGUUGGUGCCUUUCAUUUCAAUCAAAUCAGAAAAGGAAGUCUGACUUUUUACUUGGUCAUUUAUGGUGGAAUAGCUUUGGCAAACACGAUUUUCACAUUGUUUCGGGCGUUCCUGUUCGCCUACGGAGGUGUAAAAGCAGCUCAAGUUAUCCACGAGAAACUGUUAAGGAGCAUUCUUGGGGCACCUGUUUACUUUUUCGACGUAACACCGAUUGGUCGGAUUGUUAAUCGAUUUUCAUCUGACACUUUUUCCAUUGACGACUCACUACCAUUCAUGAUGAAUAUCUUUUUGGCUUUAUUAUUUGGUGUUGUUGGAACAAUCUGCAUCACAUGUUAUGGUCUACCAUGGUUUAUUCUUCUACUCAUUCCUCUAUCGUUUCUCUACUAUAAAAUUCAAAAUUAUUAUCGAAAGACAUCAAGGGAGGUGAAGCGUCUAAUGAGCGUAAGUCGCUCUCCAGUUUACGCACAUUUUUCGGAAUCUUUGAGCGGCAUAGUGACUAUUCGAGCGUUUAGAGCUUCCUCGAGAUUUAUGAGCGAAAACGAGAGAAAGCUGGAAUUGAAUCAACGUGCCAAUUUUUCGGGCUUAGCAGCCUCUCAAUGGUUAAAUCUCCAGCUUCAAAUGCUUGGUGUUGCUAUGGUGACAUGCGUGUCUUUUCUUGCUGUCGUGGAACAUCACUUCAGUACAAUAGAUCCAGGUUUGGUUGGACUCGCCAUUUCCUACGCAUUGACGAUCACCAACCAACUUUCUGGCGUCGUCACGUCUUUUACAGAAACCGAGAAACAAAUGGUCAGUGUGGAGAGGGCAAUGCAGUAUGUCAGCGGUGUUCCACAAGAAGUUGACGGACUAACUAUUCCACCGCAGUUCUGGCCGCGCGAAGGAAAAAUUGUCUUCUGGAAUGUAACUUUAGUCUACAGACCGGGUCUUCCGCCAGCCUUGCGUCAUGUGUCUUUUGAAAUACGUCCCCGUGAGAAGAUUGGUAUUGUUGGCCGCACAGGCUCGGGAAAGUCGAGUUUAUUUUUGGUACUGUUUAAAAUCGUCGAUAUUGAAGGUGGUCAAGUAACCAUUGACAAUGUUGAUAUAGCUAAAACACAGUUAAAAAGGCUAAGGUCGUCUUUGGCGAUAAUUCCACAGGAUCCCUUCUUGUUUAGAGGCGAUGUAAGAAAAAAUUUGGAUCCUACGAACGAGUUUGAUGAUGCUCAGAUUUGGAAUGUUUUGGAAAGAUGUUCUUUAAAGAAAUCUAUUGAUGAACUCGGAGGUCUUCAAGCUAAUGUAGGAGAGCGGGGAAGAAAUCUCUCUUGUGGUCAAAGACAACUUCUCUGCCUCGCUAGAGCGUUGUUGAAAAAAGCCAAUAUUUUGUGUGUCGAUGAGGCAACAGCGAGCGUGGACUUUGAAACGGACAAUUUGAUUCAGAAGACGAUACGCGAAGAAUUUCACGCAAGCACGGUUCUUACUAUAGCACACAGAAUUGAAACGAUUCUCGAUAGUGACCGCGUUCUCGUAAUGGAUAAGGGACAGGUUGCUGAGUUUGAUUCUCCAUAUAAUCUCCAGCGGAAUGGAGAGUCAUUGUUUUCAACUUUAGUACGUAAAAGCUGAAGUCAAACGAAAAGUUUACAAAACAGAAAGAACACUUUACCCUCUAGGUGUGCUCUGGGGACGAGUGCUAUUUACCAUGAAAAGUACAGGAAUUACAAAAAGUUUAUGAUUGCUUCGCCAAGUGGUAGUUUUAAUUGCAAAAGAUCGUAAUUAAACAUCCUGGCAAUUCA